AUGGAGAAAUCUUCGUGGCUGUCGUCAUUGACGAAUCAUGGAUCCAAGCCGCCGUUCAUGCUCAAGGUCAGAAGCUCGGAUGCAUUCAUCAUCGGGACUAUUUCCUUGGCUGUUUUUACUGACAUGUUUCUGUAUGGUGUCAUUGUGCCUGUCAUACCCUUCGCAAUAGGUUCGCUUAGCCAUGUUGAAGACGCCCAAGUCCAAUACUGGGUCUCAGUACUCGUCGCCGUAUAUGGCGCUGCGCUUCUUGCAUUCUCGCCCAUUUGCGGGUGGCUUGCAGACCGCGGCUCGUCACGCCGAACUCCGCUUCUUCUGGGCUUGCUAGUCCUCUUGGGAGCUACCAUUCUGCUAAACUUUGGCAACUCGAUUGGCGGUCUAAUCGUUGGACGAAUACUGCAGGGAGCUUCAGCGGCUGUGGUAUGGGUCGUCGGCCUCGCCUUGCUGGCUGACACAGUGCCUCAAGAGCGACUCGCAACAGCUACUGGGUGGCUGACUAUAGGCGUUUCUCUUGGCAUGCUCAUAUCCCCUAUUCUGGGUGGCGUAGUCUACGACAAGGCCGGCUACAACGCUGUCUUUGGCAUGUGCUAUGCAUCGGUUGGUUUGGACGUGGUCCUUCGGUUGCUGCUCGUGGAGAAGAAGGUUGCCGCAAAAUGGGAUACAAACGCUACGGGCCGCCCACCCGUCGACGACAACGAAUACUUAGACAAGACCAUAACGCCGGUCAUCGCUCCGACAGAUCAGGACCUUGAUCAAGAUGCUAGCAAGACCAUAUUGCAGCAAGAAGCGUCAUUCGUCGAAACGCAGCAGAGCAGUCCGCCUCGUCGACGCCUACGCGACCGUCUACCACCAGUCCUGUCGCUCUUGUACUCUCGACGCCUACUCGCCUCACUAUUCUGCGCUCUUAUUCAGGCCAUGUUGUUGACAGCCUUCGACUCUGUUCUUACUAUCCAUGCCGCAAACACAUUCAACUGGAAUUCAACAGGCGCCGCACUCUUAUUCCUUCCGAUUAUCAUUCCAAGCCUCCUCUCGCCGUUGUGGGGUUGGCUGAGCGAUACGUACGGCGGCCGCUAUGUGGUUGUCGUGGGCUUCCUGUGUGGUUGUCCUCCCCUUGUCUGCCUCCGCUUCGUGGACGAGAACACAAUGAAGGACAAGGUGUUGAUAUGCGCGUUGUUGGCUGUCACUGGAUUGUUCGUAGGCAUGACCUUUGCACCAGUCAUGGCAGAGAUAUCCGCUGUUGCUGAGGCAAAAGAAAGGAAGAUGAUUGCAAAUGGACGCCCAGGAUUUGGCAAAGGUGGUGCAUUCGCGCAGGCUUAUGCACUAUACAACUGCGCAUUCGCUGGAGGCUGCAUGGUGGGACCCUUGCUGGCUGGAUUUCUCGUGGACGACAGUGGAUGGGGCACGAUGGCAGCGGUGCUGGGAGCGCUGUCUGCUGUCACAGCUGUACCAAGCUUUCUAUGGCUGGGCGGAUGGGUGCUAAGAAACAAGUGA